CCUGCUACACCGCCGGCGGGGCGUGUUUAGAAAAAAUAUAUAUACAUGUGAAACGUAUAUUUGCUUCUUUUACGAAUCUAUUGAGUAGUUUUAUUUAACAGCAGCGUUGUUUUAAUACUCAUUAGCAGUAAACAGACAAGCUAGGGUCAGAAGAUGAGGAGGAGAUCGGCGGGAAAGACGCGUCACGUCGUGGCCUGGUUGAACAAAGCGGAGUAUGAUCAUGUGUUGGAGCAUCUGUACUCCAGAGACCCUGUGCUGCAGAAACACGCACUGCAUAGGAUCUCUGCGUGGAAGGGCAGGUUUGGACAAAACACUCCAGUGGCCGUGGAAGCCACAGCAGAUCUUGUCCGGUGUCAGGUAUUGGAUAGCACAGGCCAGCUGGAGGCCAGUGAUCUGGUGCUGCUCUAUGGCAUGGCACUGGUCCGGUUUGUAAAUCUCAUCACAGAACGAAAACAGACAAAAAUCGCCAGACCUUUACGAUUCUUAGCCAGAAAUUUAAAUAUCCCAGAGUGGGUGGUAAACCUCAGACAUGAGUUUACACACCACAGGCUCCCUUCUUUAAAGUGGUGCAGAAAAGGUUGUGGGUUUGUGCUUGAAUGGUUGCAUCAGAAGUAUUGGUCUCAACAGCUGGGCAGUCAGCUGGCGGAGGAUUGGAAAUCUUCAUCAGAAGAGGAGGAUGAAGAGGUGUGUGCUAAAAGACAGGAGGAAAUCCUGAUCAACAGACAGAGAGAGAUCGAGGGACACAAGAAAGUCAGAGAACUGCUCAUAUCUUAUGAAAGAGAACAGUUUCAGACUUAUGAAGAGCUGGUAAAGCAAGGAGGGCAGCGUGGGGUGUGGCCGGAUGCUAGCGCUGAUCUAAGCUGGAUCCUGACACAAAUCAAACACUUUGCAGCAGACUCCAGUGAGAUCCUCGUUGAUGUUUUAGUGCAGGAUGGAUUCCUUAUUCCCACUGCAGAACAACUAGAGUCUCUAGAUAUUGAUGCUUCAGAGGACUCUGUUGAUGUCAGCGCCCCGUGCCUUCCUAGAGUGUUUUUCCAGUUCUGGUUGCCUUUGUUGAAGGACCUGAAUUCGUUCGACUUUAUAAUUCUCAUUCUGGACAAACUGUUCACAGAGCUCUCGAAUGAGCCGUCCAGUAACAGAAUGUACUACAUUGCCUCCUGGAUCUCAGAGAUUUUACUUUGCAACAGAACAAGUGAAUUGAAAGCCCACAAGCGUCUAAAAACAUCAAAGGACAGGAUCUUCGUGAAGAGAUUGCAGUUUCCGUGGCAGACUCUUAUCUCUGCUUGUGUAGAUGCACCAUGUCCUGCUACACCGUUCUUACUUAAACAGAUUUUCAGUGACAUGGAUAAGCCCCUCCCACCAGACACGCAGCAAAACCUGCUUCAGCUCUGCAGCAUCUACACGCAGGGUUACCAUGGAAACUCCUCUCCGGAACCCUCAGACCAUGUUCAGCCAGUAUACACCCUACAGAGCCUUCAGGAAAGACUCAACGCAUCACAGAACAGGGACACCCACGCGUCUAACCACACCCCUGGAUCUCUGCAGGCUCCGCCCACAGAAGAGCUCCAGGAAAAAUUGAGCGCAGAUGAUGUACAGGAGAGAAACUCUGCAUUGCGAGGAUCAGCAUGGAGCGUAUGCACAGAUAAGGUCCCCUGGAAACAGUAUCCUUUAGGGAAGGUUCCAGGACAAUCGGAAGACACAUCCUAUUUCAUGGUGGAGUCUUAUUCGACAUUAAAUGUGUUCGACCAGCAGGUGGAGCUAGAUCAACUUCCCCAGCACCAUGGCAACAGGAGUGUUCCACUACAGAGCAGAGGUUCGACUGGAUCAGAGGGACUGCUUUGGACUCACAGUGACCUCGGCAAACUUAAAGCUGGACUCCAACUAUUCUAACACUUGAUUUAGCUCAGAUGUGCGAAUGUCUGAAAUUACAGCCUACUCUGAACCACGAACCAUAUCAUACAAAAACCUCCGGGGGCUAAGCUGGACUGAUGCUCUUCUAAAUCUACACACAUCCCUCUUUCUCCCCGUCCCUUUUCUUGGAUGUGAUGCUGUUGUGUCCUUUGGUUUAAAAAGUGCUUGUUUUAUAAUUCAUGUCCAUGUUAUUACAGAGAAGAAUAUCAGCUGUCUGUCCUCCCUUCAGUCCACUCUGCCUCUCAAAACCAAGACCGAUUCUACACCUCUUGCUUGCAUAACAUUUAAUAUUUGCAAAUUCUAGUGUUUCUAAUUUUGGUGCUGUUUGAGAAUGUUAAACAACUAAAUGACAAUAGCACAAACAUUUUUCAACGUAAGGUUUUCGAACUUUGAAACAUGCCAAAAUAAAAUUUAUUUUAUAUUGUG